AAAAAUCUGUCGCCACUGCAAGUGUCCACCUGAAGUCCACGACAUGAGCGUGGGCGGGGAUGAGGCUGGGGGCGGCGCCUCGCGGGGGGCGGGGCGUGCGUCACGAGACCCCAAGCGUAACUCCACCUCCGACGACGAUAGCGGCUGCCCAUUGGAGGAGUUCGCCUGGGUGCCGCCUGGUCUACAGCCAGAGCAGGUACACCUGUACUUCAGCUGCCUGCCAGAGGAGCGCGUGCCCUACCUGAACAGCGUGGGUGAGAAGAACCGGAUCCGCCAGCUCCUGCAGCAGCUGCCCCCGCACGACAACGAGGUGCGCUACUGCCACGCCCUCUCGGAAGAGGAGCGACACGAACUGCGCAUGUUCAGCGCGCAGCGGAAGCGAGACGCUCUCGGAAGAGGAAGUGUCCGGAUAAUGGGGCAGGACGCAGCAGACGCGGCUUGCUAUCAGAGAUCAUCUUUGCGGACGAGUGCACAGAGGCAGAGGGCAGCAGCUGGCACAUGAAACACUUCUGUUGCCUGGAGUGUGACCGCCAGCUGGGGGGUCAGAGGUACAUCAUGCGCGAGGGCCGGCCCUACUGCUGCUCGUGCUACGAGAACAUGUUCGCCGAGUACUGCGACACAUGCGGCGAGCACAUCGGCGUGGACCAGGGACAGAUGACGCACGACGGGCAACAUUGGCACGCCUCUGAGACCUGUUUCCGCUGCCACACCUGCCAGACCAGUCUGCUGGGCCGGCCUUUCUUGCCCAAGCACGGGGUGAUUUACUGCUCCGCGGCAUGUAGCAGGGCGGGCUCCAUGACGACGCAGACACCACGAAGGCCAGAGGAUUAUCUGGUGAACAUGCAGGAGGCUAGAGUUAGCUCCCCUGUGAGUCACGUGAUGCAGGAAGGCCGGGCUGGGAUACAGGAAGUGCUGAGACAGCAGUAUACAUUGCCGGAUAGUCUCCCUUCUUCAGAUCGUGACCAGGGUUAUGCUACAAGCAGUAACAGUGAGGUGUACGCUCCUGGUAUGUUUGAGGUGCACGCUGAGGCGGGGACAGAGGGGGAGGAGGAGGAGGAGGAGCCUGUCUACACACUCAACGUUGACGGACUGGUGGACGCACUGCCUCUACAGGAAGCCAAGCGGCGGAAUCGGCUGUCCCAGUUUUCCAUGCCGGACUUGAGUCAGGGCGAGCCUGAGCUGGAGGCGGAGUCAACGGCCGGACAAUCUGAACACAACAGCGACCCAUUGAGUCCCAGUAACAACAGCCAGCCCAGUCAGUCUGGGUCGGAGAAGAAUAUGAGCGUACAUUAUGCCUCGGUGAGCGUGCCCCAUCACUACCCAGCCGACGACCCCAACACUCUCAUGUCUCCGGCAGCCAUGAUGAUCAUGCACCCGAGUAACGGUCACCACUACCACCACCACCAUCAUCACCACCACCAGCAGCAACAUCAGGAGAUGCUACGACAACACAGCUUCCACCACCACAACAACAACCACCAUAUGGUCGACCCACACUUGAACGGGUUUCAUCACCAAAACAUGACAGGUUUUCCGCUUCAGCAAGGAGGUCACCCAGUGUAUCGCCAAGCCACUCCAGCUUCAGUGAGGUCCUACCCUGAGUUGCCAAACACCCGGAUCUCCGAGCCGAGGGAGCCUCUUGUUCUCCCGGAUUCAGCGAGACCACCUCUUCCCCUCCCACGCAACGCGGCCGGUAUACCUCUCCCAGACAGCACCAAGAUGAACCCAAUCACCCGACCGCCCAGCGGGCAGGCUCGAAGCCCUAGACCCAAUGGUUGCCCCCGUAGUCAGAGCUUUGAAGGUCGCCCCGGCAGCACCUCGGCUCAGAGCGGGUCCAACAUGAGCAGCUCGCGUUCCCAUGGCAGCAGCAGCCACAGCAACCACCAUCACAACCACCACAGCCACCAGUCAUCGCAUCAGCACAGCAACAAGGCUGGGGCCACCAAGACUCAGCAGCGCCCACCAGUGCUGGAUAGCUCUGCAGCUGACCGGUUUAUGUUCGGAAAUUUUGACGACGACAGAUGCAGCACCUGCUCUAGUUCCACCGACUCUGAUGAGUUUGACUAUUAUUAUCACUUGUCGCCUCGCGCCAGUAACAAAAUCUCUUAUGUGGACGACAUGGGCAUUGGUGGCACUGCUAGGAACCAUUCUUCAGUCCAGGGCAGGAGUCGCCGGCAUCGACAGAAAAACAAACAGUGCACCAUUCAGUGACAUAUGCGUUCCUUUGAGAACUGUACAUCUCUUCAUUUCACCGUGUAUAUAUAUAUAUAUAUACACUAUAUAAGCAUUUUGAAAAUCUACCCACAGUGUCUGGUGUAAAGGUAAGGCUCUUUUCCCUGUUGCGUGUGACAGUAUGAGUUCGAUUCCUCUGUGGGGAAGUUAUUUCAUCGAAUAUCUCCAUCUGCCUGUGAGGGUGAUGUAUUCCACUCAUCUGGAGUUGGCCCAGACAGUCAGGCUGAAGCAACCCACCUCCUGAAUGAUCUGAACUGUGUUGAGGAGUGUGUUCCACUUACAGUCAAUCGCCCUCCCACCAAGGCUUGUGUGAGACAGGAGGAGAUGCUGAAAUAAUACUCAGUGUGUACUCAUCCAAAUGUCUUUUUUGUGUUUUGAACUUCGUUGCAGGUGACACGGAUCUCUUGCUUGUCUUUUCUUGUGAUACGGAGUUUGUUCUGGUGUGCAAGUGUGUGACAUUUGCUUAGCUUUAGCUUGCUACACAGACCCUAUCCCAGCGCAUUAUGAUGCCCUUGUGAUACAAAGGUGUACAAAAUAUCCUCAAACUUAAUGUCAGUGGUGUACCAUACUUUUUUUUUCGGGUGUACCAUACUUCUUCUGGUAUCACACACGCUGCAAGUGAUUCUCUGUUGUUAAAGUGCACUCAAAUUUGACUGGUCUUUGGAAUACAAACAGGUUCACAAAUUAAUUGUGUGAUUGUCUUGUCAUAUGUUAAUAAUUUCAGUACCUACAGUAAAAUGGCUCCCUGUUGUGUAAAUAUGAUUAAUAUGAUAAAUCUGUUUGAUUUAUUCAGCUUCUUCUGCUUCUAGUUGCUGUGGUGGAUAGCAUUGUAGCCCAAGCCUCUCUGUAUAGCUAGGAAGCGCAUCAAUGUGAUCGUUUGUAUCUGAGCUGGCCAAUUGCCCUGUGUCGUUUGUUCUGUGGUAGUUUCAAUGCAAACGACUUUUUGACAGUCUGCUCAUUUUCUUACAAAAGUAGGCAGGAAAGUGAACAGACUCUGGUCUUAGCUCGUUGAUGUUGCUAAGUCUAGUUGUUGGUACUUUCUGUUGUUUGUACUUUUCUUUAAGGCAAGUCAUCUUUGUGUAGUCGUAGGUCAAAAUGUGUGCUAGUAAUUUUGAGACUGUUGGAAUGUUUUAAAGUUUGUUUUUGGGAGGGAGGGGGGAUCCAGGGAUGGUCAUGUGAUAAGCUGAAUCAUUUUUUUCUUUAAAUCUGUACAAAACUAGGCAAAA